CAAAAUAUCUCCUUAAACCUCAAUGCAUUCAGCAUUCACUUCCAUGGAGGAUUUUCUCUCUUGAACCUUCAAACAUUCCUUCAACUUCAACACCCAAUUAUCACCCUUGUCAAGUUUUCCCUAAAUUUUCAUUCUUUUAACCUUUCUAUAAGUUGAUGCAUCCUUUUCAAGCUAAUUUAGCUUGAACUAGCUGGUGGGGUUUUCUUAAUUCGUCGACAUAAACAGUGUUUUGCUUCUUUCUUUUAUUUUCUUUUUGUGUUGGAGAUUCAGGAACUGGGUGUGAGAUGAAAACAACUUUGACUCGAGGGUGUCAUAGUCAUGCAUGGAAACAAUCUUGAAUUCAAAAGCAGUUAGUGAUUACUUAAAUUCCCGAAAGACAUGCGGCCAUCCUUCUUUCUGCUGAAAUGAAGAACUUGCAGAGCACAGAAGAAUUACAGUCAUCAACUCAAGUUUCUCAUGAGCCCAAGAGUGAACCACCAAACAAUCACACAACUGAUGCUCCUGUUACAGACUCAGGUUCAGCAUCUGCUUCAAGCAAUGAUAGCAAAAAGGUUUCACGUCAGGAUAUUGAGCUUGUCCAGAAUUUAAUAGAAAGGUGCUUGCAGUUAUAUAUGAAUAAAGAUGAAGUGGUUAAAACACUGCUGACUCGAGCAAAGAUAGAUCCUGGAUUUACAACUCUUGUAUGGCAGAAGUUGGAAGAAGAGAAUGCUGAUUUCUUCAGGGCCUACUAUAUCAGGCUAAAAUUGAAAAAGCAAAUACUUUUGUUCAAUCAUUUACUUGAGUAUCAGUAUCAUCUGAUGAAGUCUCCCAUGCCUGCAAAGGUUCCUUUGGCUCCAAUACAGAAUGGAAUCCAUCCGAUGCCGGUCAACAACCUACCUAUGGGAUACCCAGUGCUACAGCAUCCUCCCAUUCCAGCAACUGGUCAACCUCAUAUUGAUUCCAUAGGUUGUGGUAUAUCAAGUUGUCACGUGGUUAAUGGAGUCCCUGCACCGAGCAAUUAUCAUCCCAUUCGGAUGAAUUCUGGGAAUGAUAUGGUGAUGGACCACAGUGCUGACAUGGCUCCUGUUAUUCCACCAAAUGGCGCAAUGUCAUCUGUCUCAGAAAUGCCCGUGAGUCCGACAUCAGUAGCAUCAAGUGGUCAUUUCCCCUUCACUGCAUCAGAAAUAUCAGGAAUGGGCACAGAUGCGUCUGCUCUUGACACAGCAUUUACAUCUGACGUGGCAAGUUCGGUAGGACUCCAACUUGCACCAGAUGGCGGCAAUGGAAUUUCCAGAUCUCUGGAUCAAAUUCAGUGGAAUUUUAGCCUAUCUGAUCUAACAGCAGAUUUGCCAAACUUGGGAGAUCUAGGAGCUCUGGGAAACUAUCCUGGUUCACCAUUUCUGCCAUCUGAUUCGGACAUUUUGCUUGAAUCUCCGGAUCAACAGGAUAUAGUGGAUGACUUCUUUGUUAAUUCUGAGCCCCCAUGUUCUCAAUCAGACGAGGAGAAAUCUUAAGGUGAGGCAAGUUGCAUGUUUCACGUUAAUUGUUAGGUUAGGAAAAAUUAGGAUUAAUAAAUGUCAUCUAGCUUACUUGGCAUACAGGCUUUUACUGUUACCCAAGUGUAGGCAGUUAGGCACCCUGAUCAAUAUCAUC